CGCAACUAUGUUGUCUUUCCUGGGUUUCCGAAAAGAUUCAAAGAAGUCGACGUCAGAGAGGGACCCUGACGGAGGCUUUGUGAUCAUCGGAGAAUCAGUUGAAGAGCAGAGGCGGAAGAUGCAGUCGAUGAACAUUGCACAACCUUCAACAAAUGUUAUUGUCUUGCCUUCUAAGCCACCAUGCCCUGCUCCAGCUCGACCAGCGGAAACAAUUACAAGCACAGCUCCGUCGCUCACGAACCUGGAAGACAGGUCCUCGGUCGUCGAGACGUCGUCACCGGCCCCCGAUCUCCUUGGUGACAUCCCCUUCGCUUUGGCACCUCAUGUUCAGGCAACGCAAAGAGGGUUCUCUUACAUUCCUGACAUACUGCUGUCCAAGGACAUGAACUCUAACCAAAUCUAUUUUCAAUAUGACUUCUCUCUCGAAAAAUCGGUCCUCCGUAACUCGUAGUUUUUCCCCACCAUGCCCAAGUGAAAAUAAGGUUUUUGUGUCUUUACUGCGUUUGCAACUGUGUAUCCCAUUCGGGGUAAUUAAUGGGCUUGAGAUGAUGAUCAAGUAGCAGAGGGGGUUUCCAGCCCGCAUAGAUUGUUUGUUAAUCAGACAUAAAGGCAAUCCUACCAACUGAGGUAAAUCAACACUUCAGAUUAGUUGAAUUUAACAUUUGCAACAUUUUUCAUUUACCGAAAUGGAAAGAUUUGGUUACCAUAUAACAUCCUGUAUGACAUGAAACUGUCGAAACAUUUUUUUCCCGAAUGGACAAUGUGAUGCCAUGCCACUUUACGUCAUAUACUGAAUAUGAAGAUGUUGAUGUUUUUGUUUUCAUCUCGCUGUCGAUAAGUAGAAACCAGACAUGUAAUCGGAGAAGUGGAUGUUUUUUGGAAUGACUUCAAACUUUUUUUACGAUACAGUGAUCCCUCACUUAUCGCGGUUAAUGGGGAGCAGAACACCCGCGAAAGACGAACAUCAGCGAAGUCGGGUUUGCCCCUCCCCCCGCGCCCCUAGGAAUUUUUGUGUAUAUUUAAAAUAUGUAAA